AUGCCCUCAACGUCUUCAUCAAGAGCUGCAAAGAAGCGGACUGCAAGCUCAAGUUCAAACGAGAUUCCGCGGAUAAUGACUCGAGAUCUACCAUUAUCACCACCGCCGAAUAUCAGUGAACCCAACCCGGGCAGUAGCCCUUCAACAAGAUAUACCGACUCACCAGGACCGUUCAUGAACUACUCCUCCGCAAGCUCGGUAGCAUCACAGUCACCAGGCUUCGGGCCUGUAGGAGGUUACAGAAGUAGGCAAACCCCAACGCCCUGCCCAACAAGAUCCAACAACCUUGACUCAGUAAGAGAAUCCACCACCUCUACAUCCUCCGGCUCCACAAUCCGCGCAUCAAAAGACAGAGACGGUGACGACCAAGACUACGAGCACAUCAGUCCAUGGUCCGACUCGCCACUACCAAUGAGCUCCACUCCUGACUGUGACGACCAGAACUAUUUCGGGCAAUACCCAUCCGCUGUAGUCUCUCCUGCCACAACACCCUUCCACCACAACCCUUCACCAAAGCUCGCACCUAUACCCUCACCCUCACCACUGCUUCUCUCAGCGCCAUCACCGGCACUAAGCUCAAGCAGACGCAAGGUCAGUAUCUCCUCAACAGCAGCCUUCUCCCGCCUCGGCAGCCGUACCCCCGACCUCCUUAGCUCUGGAUCUGGCCGCGGCCUCGGUGUUUCAAUACCAACAGCAUCCUCGCUCGCAAAGGGUCGCAGCAAAUCACUCAGCGGUAGUACCGCAUUCGCGCCACCGCGCAAAGAGGCUGUCACACCACCGAUACCGUCGCCGUCGUUUCCGCCUCCGCGGAAGAACAGUGCGCCGCCGAUUAUUCGUGGUGCGACACCAGCACCGAGGGAUCCGGUAGCAAUGCAGGGAGGUUUGGGACAUAGGGUUAUGAGCUCAAGAGUUGUGGAGAAGGGAGCUGGGAGGGAUCGAUCGCCGACUCGUGGGAGUCCUGGGAAGGUGGCGGUGUCGCGGCCGGGGUUCUUUUCAAGGCAGAGGACGAGGACAAACGAGUCGUUGGAAGAGAAGGAGCGGGUCAAGGAGAAGGAGACAGCAGCGAAGGAGAAGAAGAGAGGGCCGGCGGCUGGGACUGGACAUGAAGGAUAUUCGGUAUUCACUAGCAGAGGGAGAAGCGGAUCUUCAACCGGUGGGAGCGUUGACAGGAGUGGGAGUGCCAGCUCAACAGCUACAGGAUCAUGGGGACGGACAAGCCGGAGAGGAAGCGAGUCAAAAGAGCCAACAGAUGACUAUUUGCGCGAGCGUCUCCUCCCCGUCGUCAUCGCCGGUGGCGGCGGCGUAAUCGAGAACUACAACCUCGCUGGCACUGCAGAGUCAAUGAUCAGAUCUGGCAGCCAAGAAAGCAGCAAGGAAAAGAAGAGCUUCGAGUUCGGCGGCAAGCGGGCGCCCACCCCAGUUGCAAUGUCCCGAGAACCCUCUUCAGAAGGUUCAAUAUUCGGGCGCCGAAAGAUCUCUACGCCAAACCCACCGUCGCCGGGCCCAACGGAAGCGGCCACACCUCAGGUCAAGAAGAAGGGCGCAUGGGGCUUCCUGCGCGGUACCGCAUCAACGAGGGAGCGCGCAGCGACUCCAGCACCAGCACCAGCACCACCCGCGCCGGCUCCUGCACCAGUGCAAAAGCUACAUGUGCAGCAUGUAAGGUCUCAGCCUCACUACCUAGCGAGCUUGGAUAAGGAGCAGCAGAAAGAGGCCGCAAAGCUUGCAGAGCAGUUGCAGGAAAUGAGGAAUAAGAAAACGGUGGCAACAAAUUAUGCAGGGACACUCAGGCAAAAGCAUCACAUUCACUCUGCGAAGCCCUCAAAUGCCUCAGUUGCCUCAGUUGCAGUUGCGGCGCCUGUGCCUUCAACUUUAAAAUCAGCACCGCAGGUACAAGCGCCGGCGCCCGCAUCGCCGAAAAAGUCGGUGACACCGGCUUCCCCAGCAGUGGCCUCAGGUGAGCAGGCAAAGCAGGAGGUUAGGCAGGCAAAGGCGGAUGAGAGGUCGAGGCUUCAAGGGCGAUCAAGGGUUCCACAGAUCGGGAGAAUUCCAGCUGUGCAGUAUCACUCACGGAAAACAUCAAUACAGACUAAUGAGCCUGUUAAGCAAGCUCCGACUUCUACUCCAACUCCAGCUUCGACCCCAGCUCCAGCCCCAACUCCUAUUUCCUCACCAGCUCCAGCUCCCGUCUCCUCACCCGUGCCCACACCCGCGCCCGCACCCACACCCGCACCUGUAUCCACACCGGCACCAGCACCGGCACCAGCGCCAGCUCCAGCCAGGGCUCCUGGGGUUCCUACUAGAAUGAGGGUGGAGAUGCUUCCUCCUCUUACUACUCACUACCCCAGGGGUGAUGUUCGCAACACCGAUCUCUUAACGGCGCCGCCAACAAUGGGAAGACCAUUCGAAGAGAGUUUCAAGCGUGCUAAUGAGCAAAAACCCACUUUUCAGGUCAACUGGGGUGGCUUCGGUCUAACACAGACACCUAUAACUGCACACCCACUCGAGAACCCAUUCAUCUACGACACACUCGAUAUCAGAAAGGCCAACCGCGCAAGCGCACUUCUCACUCCAAUUGACGAUACUCCAGUGACAUCGACGACUAAUAUGCCAUGGCCAGUCCGCGAGGAUCCGUUUGCGACGCCCACUCUGGGACCUGAUGUGGUAGUGGAUGGAAGCGACUGUGAUGAGGAUAUCUGGAACGAAUAUGAUGACCUUUUGUACAAUGUUGAUAUGUUUGGCGAGCCAUCAGACGAUCUUGAAUUUCAGGGAAAUACUAGAUCCGCAACCUCAUCACUCGGUUCACCAUUCCAGUACGCAGACCUUUGCAGCGCUUUCCCCGACCUCCUUGACGAAAAUAACGAAGACCCCCACACCCCUGGAUCUGAGGAUACUGUACAAGAGCAGGGUCUCUACAUUCACGACUCGCCUACGAUUUCACCUGCGCUCCCAACCGUUAUUGUUGCUGCUCCUAGCCCGAUUAUGGAUCUUGGCCAGCCUUUCCUUCCACCUUCAUACCCUGCAAUUCUGUCACCUUCAACUCCAUUUUCUGUAUCUUCUUUCAUCCGUUCUUAUGGCGACCGCGACUCCUAUCCUUCUGGCUCGGGCCAGCCACCAACCUCAUCACCACCUGCUCCACCCCCAACAAUCACUCUCGGCGCACCACCACCACCUAGGCCAAGGACUCGAGUCAGAACCCACAGAACAAAUGGCUCAAAUGGAUCCAACAGCUCAAAUCUCUCGACUGGCUCCGACAACUUCGUGGACAUCUCGGGUGACGAAAUGGAUGUACGACUCUGGGCACUCAUGACAAACCGCUACCUCUCCUUCGACCGUACUCUCGUCAGCCCUGCACACGAGCAAAUGAACGGUAUCACAGUACCGCUCGGUCCUCGCAAUAGUGGCAACGGAAGGGUCCUGGUUAUCGAUGGUCUUGGACGUGAUGACUGGUCUUUUUACUGCGCCUUCUCAUACCCCCGUGCUAAAGUUUAUAACCUUUCCCCUACUGCUUCUGCUGCGCCUGGCGGCCUCCCACCUUCACCUUCAACACCUCGGCCACCGAACCACCAACAAGUCAGACACCUAGACUUCACCGUGCAAUUCCCAUUCCCAGGGGGCUUCUUUAACGUCAUCUCGCUCCGCUUCCUACCAUCCUCACACGAUGCUUCGCUGCCAUUUAUCCUAAGCGAAUGCAGGAGGGUUCUAGAGCCAGGUGGUUACUUGGAAGUCACAAUGCUCGACCCAGAACUUAUUAGCAUGGGCCCACGCACCAAAAAGGCCGUCAACCUCGUUAAGGCAAUCAUGGAUCGCGAGCGGGAGUCCGCCGCGACCCCCGCUUCCCCAACCACAUCUUCUCGCCCAUCGUCAACAUCAGAGCGCAUGCUGAAGCUCCUCUCGAAGCGUGGCUUCGACGAGGUGAGCAAGUGCUUCAUAAGCCUUCCCACCGUUGCACCGACGGAGGACUUUGAAGCUCCAGCAACGGUAGAGGAGGGGGCGAACGACAUGAUUGACGCAAGGAUGAUGGCUACUGUGGGAAGGUGGUGGUAUACAAGGUGCUAUGAGAGCGUCAUUACUUCGAGGGGCGAGGUCAUGCGCAGGAGUAUGUGGAAUGAUAGAGCGUUGCUGAGGGAAUGUGUGGAGAAGAACACGUCGUUUAGGAUGCUUGUGGCGCAUGCGAGGAAGCCGUUGAGGAACUCGGCACCAGUUGUGGCUGAGAGGAGUACUGGACUAGAUGGCCUGAUUGAGGGGAUGUUGAGCGGAAGGGUUUAG